GCGUGUUGUUAAAUACUAUCUCUUUUGUAAUGUUAAGUACACCUAUACUUUGUGAAUCAAACUUGUCACUUUAUUUAAAAGCACUUGCCUUAUCUGAUAAUGGGGCAUUAGUAUUUAAUUAUGCUAUGGGUAUUGCAAAAUCGCAUUUUAUAUUUGUUAAUAACCUUUUCAUGGAUAGUAGGUUUUUAUGUAGCUUGAAUUCUAUUACUAUGGAAUUCUUUCAAUUUACAUCUACUUGGCUAGUUGUAGUUCUUACAUGGACACGAGUAUUUGUUAUUAUAUUUCCUUUUGGAAUAUAUGGUCAUUAUAAUAAUUGUUCCGAAAUAAUAAUUAUUAGUAUCUUAAUAUGCAUCAGCUUUAUAAUAUCAUUAACAAAGUUGUAUUCAGGAGGGUAUGAAACAGACAGUGUUUUUGAAUUUAUACCAUGUCAAAAAAAGAUAAAACCAUGGGGUAGUGCUAUGUAUUUUUAUAUUGCAUUAUCAACUUGGUUGCCUUUACUUUUUAUAUUUGUUGGAAAUAUUUUAUUGAUUAUACACAUGAAGAAAACUGAAAAAGUUCAUUGUCAGUUAACUCAAAAUUUCAGACAUAAAAUAAAUAGAAUGCAUCAUACUUCUAGAACAUUAUUUGUAGUAUCAACUGUUUAUUUAAUUCUAUUACUACCACUUGGUAUAGUUGAAACUUUGGAACUCUAUUGGGACAUCAUUUUGAUUAAAUUUCCUGCUACUGAGGAAAGAAAAAAAGCAGAAUAUAUACAUUGGUUGAAAGAAAAAAUGUUAUUGAAAUGGUGCCGCGGCUUAUGCUUUCACGUAUAUCAUUGGAAUUUUGCAAUCAAUUUCUUUUUAUAUUGUGUUACAGGUGAAAAAUUUCGAAAUGCAGUGACACAAACACUGAAACGAUAUAAAAAAGUAAUGUUCUCAAUCUGUUCUACAUAUGUUAACAAAUGUAUAUCAUGUUCCAAAUAUUUUACAUAUUCGAAAUCCGUGCAAUCUUCGAAAGUAUUAUUAAUAAAAACUAUCGUGUUCGAUGAACAUUCUAUAUCUGGUAGUGUUUCUGCGCAAAAUGGUAACAUCGUUGCAAAUACUUAA